UUUCAUUUAUCCUCAAUCUGUACUUUAUCCAGGGCAUGGAACCUACAGGUAGCAAAAGGUACAUUAAUCUCAUGUGCAUCCUAAUGAUAGGCUCUGUCAGUGCACGGUCAAUUUACCACAAAGAAGUUCACGGCCAUCCACAUGCUGGGAACCUGGGUGAGAUUGACCACGAGUGCUGGGAUGCCUCAUCACGCAAGCUGGUGGAAAUGAAAAAGCUCAGAGUUUCAGAUACAAUCAUAGGCCUUUGGGAUUUCAUGAUAUAUUUGAAAGAAUCCACUAACCCCAAGCACAAUACGCUCUUUGAUGGCCUAGCACAGAACUUCUGGGAUAUAUACGUGGAUUGUGUCCUCUCAAGAUCACAUGGAGUUGGCAGAAGACAAUUAACAAGUCCAAAUCAUUUGUAUAAACUACAUCAACCAUUGAUAGUUAAUUUCAGGAAAGACUGGUUGUUCACUUAA